AUGAUGGUGGAGGCUACUGCUGGGAUUUCUACGAAUUUAUUUAAUAAUUGUCUAGUGACUGGACCUGUACGAGUGGAAUGGGAUUUAAUUCUUUCAGGGGGUGUUAAUCAAUCAAUGAUGAGUAACAUGAAAUUUCAACUAAAAUCAUCAAGUAUUGAUAGGACUAUUAUUUGUCAUGGAAUUUCGUUUCUUACUUCAGUCACACCUUCAGAAACUUUAACAACUACUCCUAGUGGCAUGCUUGUUAAUGUUCCCUAUUACUUUUUCUGCAAUCAUGUUAGCUAUUUACCUAGGAAUUUGGAUACGUUUGGAGAAUAUUCGUAUUCAGUGUGUAUCAUUUACAGGAAUCAGACACAUUUUGAAGAGUGUCGUCGACCAGCUACUAAAUUGGAGAAUUUAAUUUUCAAUUCUAAUAGGAGUGAAUUAACCCAUCAGGACUUGCAAUUGAACUCCUUUUAUCCUAUUCAAUUGACAACUAAACUCAACAUCGAUAAUACCCUAUUGCCACGUUUGAAUGGUAAAACUAUUGUGCAAAUAGUGUUCAAGAAAAAUACUGGACUACAAGAGUUUGUUAAAUUUUCGAGAAAUGAGUCUUACACGGCUCCAUUUCUGAAGGAGGAGCAACUAUUCGAAGUGGUUCAAAUUUUCAACUUGACUCAAUCACAUGGAUGGGAAAAGGAAUGUAAUGCAGCUUUUUUUCAAACAAGACCAUUCUACAAUAUUUGGAAGGGUAUUUCUUGUUUCAUUGUGGCACUUGUUUGCAUUGGUCUUUUGGUAAUGCUGGUCAAGGCUAGAAGGAAUAGAUAUAUUCAAUCGAGAUUCUUCUCGCCCUACUUUUCAACAGUUCUAUUCUUUCUGGUGAGUGUAUUGAGAUUUGGUUUUGUGAUGGCAUCCUUUGACAAUUAUUAUAUGAACCUUGUCAUGACUGCUGUCCUGGUAUUGGUAUUUUCAUUGUAUACCUUGCAAACGGUGAGAUACUUUCUUUGUAGAUGGUUCUACAAGAAGUAUUAUGAAUCUGAGAGGAAGGAAACGUUCUGGUUCAGAAUUAUUUCAUCCAAAAUCACUUACAUUAUUUGCUCCAUUCUUUUAAUUGGUUUUGAGGUUAUUUUAAUUUACCUAGUUUCUGGUAUUGCUGAUACUACCUUAAAGAAUGAUAUUUUAGAUUAUUUGACCAUAGGUGCAUUUGCUGUAAUGAUUUUUCUCAGUCUCAGUUCUACGACAUUAUACUUGCUGACCAAUAGAGGAAUUAUCAAACAAUUGGGAAGUUUUACCAAAGUUGUCAAGUGGUAUUUUGUUUAUGACGAUACUUUUAAAUAUCAUGCAGAGUUUUUAGCUGUUAUUAUUACUGCACUGGCUGGAAUACUUUACUUUGCUCUGAGCUUGAUUAAUGGAAGUUACAUGAGUGAAGUGUACUUUUUACCAGUUACGAAUAUGAUGGCCACUCAUAUUAUUGGAUAUUCUCUUUAUGGUAUUUCCAAAACAUUAUUUGAAGUUUGUUUGGUUUGUUUUGAACCAGGUUAUUUGAUUCUCAUUUAUUGGUACGAAUCUAGACAGCCAGCCCUCGAGUUUGAAGGUCUGAAACAAUUGAAAUCAGAAAUGGAAUUUUUUUUCGCUCACAAAGUGGACGAUGUACUCUGUGUAGAUAUUAUGAAAAGAUUUCUGGCCGCAGAAUUCAGAGCCGAGUUAUUGGAAGUCUAUAUUUUUGUCUCAAAGAAUUCAAACUUUACCGAACAGGACAUUACAAAUAUAUUCCCAAAUUAUGUUUUGAAGAAUAUACUAAAUGCAGAGGCAACUUCAUUCAAAUUGAAGGACAGUUUGGAAACUAAUUUGAAAAAACUUGAAAUGGUGAUUGAGGAAUCGACAAUAACUCAAGUUCCAAUCAGUCAUCAAGGAAUUAUCACAAGCAAAUUGGAUUGGAAGAAGAAAUUUAUUAGUUUGGUAACUUUUCAAAUGAUUGACGCCUUUAGCAGAUUGAAACAAACACCAACUUACAAAACUCACUAUAUUGGAAUGAAGGAAUUUGAAAAUCAAUUUGUUUCCAAGGUAUUAGGAAGAGUUGGAUCUCAUAACAAAUCCAUUAAUGAUACCACUGUUGAACAUCAGCAUACCAUUCAACAACAACAACCAUCACCAUCAUCAGUACCACCACAACAACAAGAUAUGACAAUACUAAAUACAGCCAUUCCACUCCAUCAAACCAAACCAUACAUUAGUGUGGAUUCAAAUUCAACAAACGAUACCACCUCCUCUCUCAAAUAG